AUGAUGAAGAGGGUUUCCCUCUCAGAGAAAUUAGCAUGUGACUACCAAGCGGAGGCGAAUAAUUGGAAGGAACAGUUUGAAAGUCUUCAAAUCGACAUGGAAAUAUCAGAAGAGAGUAAAUGUACCUUAGAGCAGCAGGUAAGGGUUUUAACUUCAGAGUUGGUGGUUGAAAAGGUUUCAUCAAAUCAAGCAGGUGAAGAGAAGAAUCUUCUUGAAACCUCUUUUUCCAAGCAACUCUCCAAGGCAAGUGAGGAGAUCAGAGAGUUGAAGACUCUCUUAGGUAAGAAAGAAGCAUAUGCUGGUGAACUCGUGCAGACUCUGACUCAAACUCAAAAAGACUUCCGGGUAUCUUCUGAUAAAGUUCGUUCCUUGGAAAAUUCAUAUGCUUUUCUUCAAACUUCUUAUGAUUCUGCCUUGGCUGAGAAUGAGAAGCUAACAAAUAAAAUUGCUGACUGGGAAAGAGAUUACGAGAUUCUUGAAGAUAAAACCGCAAUUGAAAUGAAAUCUGAGUUAGCCAAAAUCAAAGAGACUAUUGAAAAGACUCAGCAUAGCCAAGACUUUCCUUCUCCCGUGGCUGAAGCUUCUGGCGAUGUUGAAGAUGAUAUGGGUACCCCAAUUCCUUCAAGUCAAAUUGAGCCUGCUGCUGCUGAAGACCCUGCUUUGGUUCCUUCUUCAACUCCUCAGUGA